AUGGCGCGCUCCAAGGCGGUGCUGUUCGCCGCCCUCCUGGCCGUCGCCGCGCUCUCCUCCGCCGCGGCGCUGGAGGACUACGACCACCACGUGUACCGCAGGUGCUACAGGUCCUGCGUGAGGAGGUGCGACGACGACUACGACGAUGACGACGACGACGCCUUCAAGAACGGCGUCCGCCCCCUCCGCGCCGCCGUGUCCAACGACCCCGACCAUAGUGAUCGCGACCGUGUCCACGAUCUUGACGACGACUGGGAUGACGAUGACGAUGACGACGACGACGAUGAUGACGACGAUGACGAUGACGACGACGACGAUGAUGACGAUGACGACGAUGAUGAUGACGACGACGAGGAGUGCCGGGUGAGUUGCAGGGAGGACUGCACCGAAUACGUGCCCGGCGUCUGCUACCACCACUGCGUCUCCCACUCCUGCUUCUUCCUGCCACCGUACAGCUUCAGGAGAGUGGCAUGCUUCAGGGGAUGCGGCCACAGAUGCUACCACCAUGGCCGCCACCAUCACCACCAUCAUCACCAUCACGACGAUGACGACGAUGACGACGACGAUGACGACGAGGACAGCCCGAAGCCAAGGCCUCCCAAACCUGGGCCGAAGCCGACACCGCCUAAGCCACGACCAGUCCCCGUGCCGCCGAGGCCUGAGCCAAAGCCACCGGUGGACGUGCCCAAACCGGGAACGCCGCCCAAGCCAGCACCGCCGAGCACACCCAAGCCGGCGCCUAGGAAGCCGAAGCCACCAGUGCCACGGCCGACGCCGCCCAAGCCACCAGUGCCCAAUCCAGGUCCGAGAUCAUCAGAGCCGCCGCCGCCGCCGAGCAAUUGA